AUGAUUCGAUGCCGAAUCGUACGUCGCUACUAGGUAGGCUGCUCGCUGUGUUUUGAAACGCAGCCGGUGUGUGAGCAUGUGCCGUUACUGCUGCAGUAGAGUACAAUAUGUCAGUUAUCACCGGACAGCGGCGAGAGGACAGAAAGAGCCGGCUACAAAUGUACUCUGAGGGGCAACCGGUGCAACGAGUUUCUGUUUAACACCAAAAUGAGUCCCGGCUCCUCUACAUCUACAGCAGCGGAAGAAUAAGAAGUACAUGAGUACCACAUUAGCAUCAGCAGCAAAGCUCAGAAGUACCGCUCUCUUUGGACCCUGACAGACAGAGUGGAGUGUGGACAGUGAGACAGCAGCUUAUACGUCAAAAUAAAAGGAAGAUGAUCAACAUGGCAAACACAAUGACCCCUGAGCCCCUUACAGCCCUCUCUCGAUGGUACUUGUAUGCCAUCCACGGUUACUUCUGUGAAGUCAUGUUCACGGCCGCCUGGGAGUUUGUGGUGAAUUGCAACUGGAAGUUUCCCGGCGUGACGAGCGUGUGGGCGCUCUUCAUCUACGGAACCUGCAUCCUGAUCGUAGAGCGCAUGUACCUUUGUCUACGGGACCGCUGCAAUGUGCUGCUCCGCUGCAUCAUUUACACACUGUGGACAUACCUGUGGGAGUUUGGCACGGGUUUGCUGCUACGACAGUUCGACGCUUGUCCAUGGGACUACUCAGAGUUUAAAUAUAACUUCAUGGGCCUGAUCACGGCAGAGUAUGCUGUGCCUUGGUUCUGCGCCUCCUUUAUCGUAGAACGCCUAGUGAUCCGCAACACGCUCCGGUUGUGCUUCGACGAGGCCGCCAAUCCCGGCCAGUCUGAAGAACGUUCGGACAGAGGUGGUGGAGGACGAGGAGGCGGAGGGCGAAGAGCACGAGGGGCCAGAGCAGGGGCCACCAGCGCAAAUGGCUACGUGAAGGUGGAUUGAGGAUGUUGUCAACACCUAUCCCCAUCUCAAAGCUCCCGUCACCCAUGACUCUCACCGCACAUCUAUCAAUCUCUCUCCCAUUUGCUUCCAGGGAAAGAGUUGCUCGGACACAGCUGGUGCAGCUCCAACAGAGAGUUGCACAACUGUGAGGAACUUUCUGAUUUAUCGUCCAGCUGGCGUUCUUCACUCUUGUGGAGGGACGUUCAUUUGCCACCUCAGUGCUCAACGUUUACUGCUCUUGCUUUGGGUGAGUAGCCAUUAAGUUAAAGGUUUGUCUGUAGGAGUGGUGCCUGAUGGCAAAAUGAGAAUUGACCCUCCACCUCUACCACCAUACUGUACCUCCCAAACCAGUCCAUUCACUCCGACACUCUGGGAGGGGACAAACAAAAUGACUCGUGUUCCCUCGUCCAAAACGAAACAAAAAACAGGAAUGCAAACACAUCACUUGUAGAGAGAUUUAGAUUAUAAACAGUGUGUAUGAUGUAUAUGUAGUAGCAAAAGCAAAUAACUGUUGGGAUAGCUUACCUUUUGAAUGUUAGUUUGUGUUAUUUAUUAAUAUCUAAAAUGUAGUUAAGAAAUGUCAUGAUAAUAUAUUAAAAAUGUAUUGUGUAUAUCUACUGUAUAACCUAAAGCAAUGCCUUGUACUUGAAUUUGGUGUUUUUUUACAUUCUUCAAAAACUUCAGUGCUUGAACAUGCAUGAAAGUUGUCUUCCAGGAGAUUUUUUCAUAUUCAGACUGAUCUUAGAUGUUGCGUACAAUUUAUUUCCUCCUCUUUUUUUUUCUUCUUUGUUUAUUUUUCUCAUGGAGAUGAAGAUCCAAAGGAGUACUGUAUUGUUUUUACAUAUAUAGAGGCCUGGUGCUCAGUACUGAAACUAUAAAAACAUUACAGUUUCCUGUGUUUUCACGGGAGAGAAUGAGUUGUUGUGGUAAAAGUGUUGAUGAACUGGUGCUAGUUUCUCAUUGAGUCUUUUAAGGGAUCUGAUGAUAGUCACAAUAAAGGCAUCUAGAAUGUAGAUUCACUGGUUCACUGACCUCAGGUACAUCAAUGUUAAUUAUUUCAGCUCUGUCUCUCAUAUGCCAUGAAGUAACGGAUUAAGAGAAAUAUAUAUAAAAUGCCAACAUCACCUUGGUAUUAUCCGCAUGGUUACAAUUUCAGGUUAUGGAUUUGCCAGAAAGUUUUGUUGUAUUGGUUAUGUUGUACUGACCAAACAAAAAAUUUAUUAAAGCC